UUCAUUAUCCAAAUCACAGGAUAGGAGCACACACCUGAUACACCUGGAGAUUUUUUUUCCUAUCUAGUCUUAGAUCAACAACAACAAAAGAUGGAGGGUGAGAAGAAGCCGAUGCGGGUGCUGGUGACGGGUGGCAGCGGCCUGGUGGGAAAAGCCAUUGAGCGUGUGGUGAAGCAAAAAGGAGAAGCAAGAGAAGGGGAAGAAUGGAUCUUUAUUGGUUCAAAAGAUGCCGACUUGACAAACAAGGCUGAGACGAGGGCCACUUUUGAGAAGUACCAGCCCACACAUGUUAUUCACCUGGCAGCAAUGGUGGGAGGACUCUUCAUGCACUUGAGACGGAACCUAGAAUUCUGGCGGAAGAAUCAGGCCAUCAACGAUAAUGUUCUCCAAACAGCUCACGAGUGUGAUGUGGUAAAAGUCGUCUCGUGUUUGUCUACAUGCAUUUUUCCGGAUAAAACCACCUACCCCAUUGAUGAGACUAUGAUCCACAACGGUCCUCCUCAUGAGUCGAACUCGGGUUACGCCUAUGCCAAGAGGAUGGUUGACGUAUACAACAGGGCCUGUUUUCAGCAGUACGGACGGCGAUACACAUCCGUCAUUCCAACAAACAUUUUCGGCCCGAAUGACAACUUCAACAUCGAGGACGGUCACGUCUUACCUGCACUCAUCCACAAAACCUACAAGGCGAAGAGAGAUGGAACAGCUCUGGAGGUCUGGGGAUCGGGUCGAGGACUACGUCAGUUCAUCUACUCUGAAGAUUUGGCUCGUCUGUGUGUGUGGGCUCUUAGAGAAUAUGAUGAAAUUGAGCCCAUCAUUCUCACAGUUGGAGAAGAAGAUGAGAUGUCCAUUAAAGACGUAGUCGAUGCGAUUGUGGAAGCUUUUGGCUUCACAGGACCUGUGAUUUAUGAUACUAGCAAAUCCGAUGGCCAGUUGAAGAAAACAGCAGACAACUCCAAACUGAGACGCUACCUUCCUAAUUUUACUUUCACUCCAUUCCAUACAGCUGUAAAGGAGACGUGUGAUUGGUUAUCUGCUAAUUACGACAUCGCUCGCAAAUAACCGUCCCACUUAAACCUGCUAAGUGACACGUUUUCUUUGCCAAUUUGUCAGUAAUGUAAUGUGAUGUGAACCUAGCUGUGGACAAUAUUCUGUCACAGUUUCCGUAUAUGAUCUCAGGAUGUCAGUUUACAAAUUAAUUUCAAAUCAAACGGUUGUGUAAAUCAAAUGUACCUUUUAUUUGCAGUCUGCAUGUUUUCACUCAUGCCACACUUGUAAAGAUCAUUAUGAUGCCUGUAGAAUGGAACGCAGUCAGUCAAUGACAACUGUGGUAAUUAUGUGAUUACCAGAUUCUUUUAUAGACCCGAUCUUUUAACUAUGUGCCUCAACCUUUCAUUCAUCUUAAUUAAAGUGAUUUGUACUUUGUAAAAUUGCUGGAGGCGUGAAUAUGGGAAAAGAUGGCUGCUAAUGUAUGUGUGCAUUCUAGAUGUUGUAAAUGAUAACAUAGCUAACUUAUGAUUAUGUAUAAGGCACAAAAAUGGACUGGGCAGAUCAAAAAACAGGAGGUGAAAGUUUUAAGCUUUGUGUUUUUUUCUGGUUGUUAUUUGUUACACUGUGUGACAAGGUUCUAAUAAAUUUUU